UGAUGUCAUGACAGUUGUGAGAACGUUUGUUUUGCUCCAAUGUCUCUGCUAAUCAAAGCCGAUGAAACCACACCUACACAGUCCAGAUCAGAUAGAAGAUAAGAUAUUAAUAUCUGAACUUCAAUCGAAAGAUCGUUUGAUGCAGAGAAACAUUUAAGAUUCAAAAUCAAGCUUCAAUAUAGCUUGAUUGAAGCUAUAUUGGAAGAUCCAGCACUCCUCCUCAUUGUCAGCUAUCGCUCUCUUGCUCUGUCCUGAAACCUAAUAAGCUACAAAACGAGGGAAAAUAUUUUUAAAACAUUCCUGAUUGAGUUAGAGGGGAUCAUUUUCAUGUAACACUUUGGUAACGAUAAUACCCAGAGCUUAAGUAAUAAAAGAAGGAGUGAAAUCUGCCUCUUGUCAGCGUUUACGAUGAGAAGCACUUGCAUGAUUAGAUGUCUCCCAAUCGAUGCAGCCUCUUCUCCCAAUCAUUAAGACUGCUCUUAACAGAUUACAGCCCCCUCCCAAACAUGCACAGUCGGCUCUCCUCCUCCUCAUGCUCCUCCUUCUGUCUCACAGACUCCUUCCCCCAGCAGACACACAAGGAGACUUGCAUCUUUUGCACUUCUUUUGCUUUCUCUCUGAGUUUCCACCUUUUUUUCGGAGCAUUUUUCGUACACCUGAAGCAGCAGCAGCAGGAGCAGAGUUUAUGUCCCCUGAGCUCCACAGAUGAACAGACAGAGGCAUGAGAAAGACUAAACUGAAAUACAAGAGGUGGUGGUGAACUGGUGACUACGACAGAUCCCUCCAUCCUACCAAUGGAUCUGCUCACAAUCGUCAUCUGUCACUUGCUGCUUUUGUUUUUUGAUCCAUCUGCAGCCACAAGCCUCAUCACAGCUGAUAUAUUUGAAGCUAGAGGUCAGCGUGUGUGCAAGGCAGGAAAAGGGAGGCCCUGUUACAAGCUGGCCUAUUUCUCCGAGCUCCGGCGGAGGCUGAACUUUGUCGAGGCCGAGCUCGCCUGCAAACGGGACGGAGGGCAGCUGCUGAGCGUGGAGUCGGCGUCCGAGCAGAAGAUCAUAGAGCAGCUCAUCACAGAGCUGCGCCCGACGGAUGGAGACUUCUGGAUUGGUCUGCGGCGCAACGGAGGAGGCGAGGACAGCAACUCGGACUGCUCCUCGCAGUACUACUGGCUGGACAGCAGCAAGUCCACAUUUAGGCACUGGCACUGGGACGAGCCUUCAUGCGGCUACGAAGUGUGUGUGGUGAUGUAUCACCAGCCGUCUGCACCCCCGGGUCUGGGCGGACUCUACAUGUUCCAGUGGAAUGACGACAACUGCGAAACCAAGAACAACUUCAUCUGUAAAUACACUGCAGAGAAUCCACUGGAUCCAUCACCCUCUCCUAACUCCACUCAAACAGAUGUCUUCCCUGCAUCUGUGCUGCCAUUGAAUCCAACUGACCAAAACCAGGACAGAAGAACAGCUAUGAACUUGGUUUACAUCAUCAUUCCCACCAUCCCCUUGAUACUGCUGUUGCUGACAGUGACUGGAGUCUGCUGCUUCAAACUGCUUGGCACACGAAGGAGAAAACAGCAGAAAUCAGAGGUUUGCCAGACGGACCCGGGCCUCUGCCCCAGCCCAACCCCGACUGAUGUCUACAAGGUCAUUCACUCCCAGAAGGACGAUGACCUGGUUUCAACUCGCCCGCAAACCAAAAACACCUCCUUUCUCUGCUCCUCUCCUGAUACACCCACAGGCGACUACGACAACCUGGGGGGUCGGGACACAGAGAGCGGCUUUGUGACUCUUGCCAGCACGGAGAGCUGCUUCCUCAACUUCGACAUCAAUGACCUCAGCCUCGGACGCCGUGGCACCCGCGACUUCUACGACACCAGCUUGGGCCGCUCAGGAAAGAGGGAACUGAACGACGGCAGCCUGGGCCGCACCGGGCACAGAGAGCUCUAUGACAGGAGUUUGGGUCGUCGUACGACAAAGAGCGAGCAUUACGGCAGCAGUUCGUACGGGGACCACGGACUGUAUGACAGCAGCAUCAGAGGAGGGAGUGACCUCUAUGAUCCCAAACUGAGGCCUGGAAGUCAAACAGUGAAAGCUGACCUCUAUCAGACGUACAUCAGCAACGGCAAGGAAGAUAGUUACCAGACCUGCCUCGGUACGUACGGAAACCGAAAGUCCUUCCAAGCCAAUCCGGAUUCCUACAGGAAUGGCCUGAAUCUUGACGGUGGGAGAAGAUACUUCAAUGAACAAGAAUGGAUCAACAGAGAAAGCUACUGAUUCUCUCCAAGUCCUUCAUUGUGUGUGUGUAUGUAAAGUUGUGGACUGGGACAUGAGCAAAAGACUGCAUGUACGUGGUUAUCAUUGUUUGUUUGGUAUGUUUCUAAAAACUUUUAGGUCCCGUACGAGGUGUUAAUAUUACAUUUUGAGGCUGUAUCAUUUUAAAUGAUUUUGUGAAUGUGUGUGUGUGUGUGUGUGUGAGAGUUUAAAGCAGCCUCUUUGCAUGGCCUUGUCAUGCUGCCCUUGUUCUAGUGAAUAUCUAUGGAUGUCUUGGACCAUCACUUGUGCCUGAAGAUACUGUGUUAAUCACACCCUAGUUUGUCUGAUAUAAACAGGGUACCUCUUACAGAAUGAGACACAAGUGUGUUCUGACAUGGCCUUAAACUGAAAGAUGUCCUGAAGUUAUAUUGUUAAAUACACGCAUUCCUUUAUUUUUAAUAGUCUUGUAUCUCUUUUAAAGUAAAUCAAACAAUGCUAUUGAGAGUAAAGUUGGUCAUGCAGUGAAUUAAGCUCGAGCGCCUGCAGCACGACCACAGUAACGGCAUGAUAUCGAGGAGAAUGAUCAAAUAUAUCAUCAUACUGAUAUUAUUUAUUCUGAAUGUCUAAUGCCUUGACAUCUCUCCUGUAAGUGAGAGUGCUUUGUAUGUUUGUUACAUCUUCAAAUAAAAUGAGAUUACGGUGGAAACGAG